AUGCCCGGACUCAUCAACAAGGAGAACUGUUGCGCAUUACCUCUGAGUGUCUCUGACAUCACUUCCUGUGUCAGGGGCUACACUCAGGCCAUGACCGCUUCCAUGACAUAUGAGAAUUUUGAGGAUCAUGCCAUUGAAGGUAUCUUCAUCUAUCCUCUGGAGGAAAAAAACAUUGUUGUGGGCUUUGAGGCGUUGAUCUCCAGUCAGAUCAUCACGCUGGAAAUCAAGGACAAAGCCAAGAUUGAUGACUGUUACAACAAUUCAUGCAGCACACCGAAUGGCGCCCCGCCGAGUGGCGUUGGACAUAUAUUUCUGGAUGAGGAUUUGGAGAGAACAGUGCUUGUAGUGAACCUGGGGGUCAUUCCUCCUUUGGAGACAGUCCAAAUUCUGGUCAGUACCUCCUGUGAGCUCUCCACUCUGCCCAGUGGGGGCAUCAGUGUCACCACGCCAGCUGUGUGCACCCCCCGUGUACAAAGGAGCAUCAACGAGGAGCAGGGAUUAUCCCCAAACUUCUCCAGAAUGCGGAAUAAACACCAGUACGGCUCUAGCCCACACGAUCAUACCCUCACCUCAGAUCACUUUUGCUUGUCUGCUCUUCUGGAGGAUGAGGCCAUCAACUCCAUGGACUACCAGUUUAACUUCCAGCUGGAAAUACGAGCCCCUUAUCUUCUUGCAGGCGUGGAGAGCCCGUCUCACGCCAUCCGAGCCGACGCUGACCCUCUAGCCCGCUCAGCCACCAGCGUUGUCAUCACCCUGGCGGACAAGUACACUUACGACUGUCCUGUUAAGAUCCUCAUCUACCCAAGCGAGCCUCACGUACCACAAGUGCUCAUAGAGAGUGGAGACAUGACGCAGGACGAGUAUGACGAGUUCGUCCAUGGCCGCAGCGACUUCAUCAAAGCCACCAAGAAGGACUCCAGCAAUGAGAGGAAGGUCGAAGCAAUCCACAGGCGCCUGCACAAGGACAUCCUCCAUAAUCCUGUUGUCAUGCUCAACUUCUGUCCCAACCUCAAGCCCGUCAGCUCCGACCUAAGGAAGGUCCACGGAGAGUUCAUCUUCCUCAUUGACCGUAGCGGCAGCAUGAGCGGUGUCAACAUCAACCGCGUAAAGGAUGCAAUGGUGGUGAUUCUCAAGAGUCUCCUACCAGGCAGCCUCUUCAACUUAAUAAGCUUCGGCUCCACUUUCAAAUCUCUUUUCUCCAGCAGUCAGAACUAUGAAGAGGAACCACUCGCCCUGGCUUCCGACUACAUUCGGAAGAUCCGAGCCGACAUGGGGGGUACAAACAUCCUGGCUCCGCUCAAAUGGAUUCUGAGGCAGCCAAUGUUUCCUGGACACCCCCGUCUCCUUUUUCUGCUAACUGACGGGGCGGUGAGCAACACGGGAAAAGUGAUCGAGCUGGUGCGCAGUCACGCGCGCUACAUCAGAUGCUUUACGUUCGGCAUUGGGCAGAAUGCUUGCAGAAGGAUGGUGCUCGAACUAGCAGCAGUGUCCAGAGGAACAGCGGAGUUCCUGGCCGAAGGCGAGAGGCUCCAACCGAGUAUGAUAAAGUCUCUGAAGAAGACCAUGUGUCCGGUCCUCAGCGACAUUUCCAUUGAUUGGCUCUUUCCCGAGACCAAGGAAGUCCUGCUUUCACCGGUGGGCAACACCUUCCUGUAUCCCGGGGACAACGUCAUUGGGUACGCUGUUGUUUGUGACGCCACCCGCUACCACGCCAACCCCAAAUCUGACAAAAGAAGACGAUACAGCAUGAUGCGCUCCGUCGGCUCUGGCAGUUCUGUCUUUUAUCACUCCCAAGAGGAGGAUUUGCUGAAGACCUACGCUGAUGAGCAGGCAUCCAACAGAGAAACACCCAGCGAGAUGCUUCAUGACUCCAACCAGGACUCCAUGAUGGAUGCCAGCUCUGUUGCUGUGGAAAUUGAUGGCGGGUUAGAGGGUCAGAUGUCAGCAAGAAGGCGAGCGUACAGCACCAACCAGAUAACCGAGCACUUCCCGGCAAAGAAGUACACUUCCAGCGAUCCAAGCGCCGUCAUGCAAAAGAAUCCUCUUAGGCGAGCGAAAGUCCAGGAGCUGAUUGGCCACGUGAGCCCGGAUCAUGAGGCCCAGUGGAAGAGAGACUUCCAGCCUCAGCUGGUCAGUCUCUGUGCUGCAUCCUCCGGAGAGCAUCCAGCGGGCAUUCCACUUCCGCUCCAGCAUGACCCGCCAAGGGAAGGGGGCUCGGAAAUGCCGACAUCGAACCCAAUGCGUAAAACUGCUGGCGAGGAUGGUUCUAGAUCGUCCACAGACAGCCGCUCUUCAGGAAGUGUGGGAGAUACAGAAGGAUACAGUCACCAGCUGUGUCAGGCUGAAACGCCACAAGAGAACCGUAGCGCAGACACAGGCAUGGCGGGCAAGCAGCAAGGCGAGUGCAAAGCCGUGGUAUCAGGACUGCUCUGCGGGAAGGCUGUGCAGUGGGAGGUGCUCUUUGAUGUCGAGCCCUUCCUGAAGGGCCGGGAACGCGAGGAGAAGGUUCACGAGGAGCUGUGGAACGAGACCUUCCACCAUCUGGCUGCUCGCUCCAUCAUACACGACUUUGAGCACAUGGCAGAAAGGGAAUGUGACAUUGAGCAUGGGACUGGCAGGAAGUACCACGUUUACGCCAUUCACACCAGCAAAGCAUGCAACAUACUGAGCAAAUACACUGUGUUUGUUCCCGUGGACCUGGACACAAAUGAAUAUCUGCAGACGUGUAUUGAAUACAUUAACCCGGGUGAUGACUUCAAAAGAAGCUCACACUCCAGUUCGGGAAGCAGGAAGAACCGUGGUUACUCCAUUGGACUGGGCCGCUCUCAGUCUGGCGGCAUGUCGGAGGAAGCAGAAGAUAUGUUACUGCCCAGCAGUGUAGAAGAUGGCAUUUCCCCCUGCAGCACUCUGUCCUCGUCCAGCUGGGAGAGAUGUAGCUUCACGGAAGGUACACAAAGAAGUCCGUCAGUGACCUCGGACCAGUCUCAGAAAUCUGUGGAGAGUCAUUUUUCUGCCAGGUUGGCGCUCAGCAGGACUCGUCUUCUGACAAAGGCUGCCAAAGGAUUCAUGAGCAGAUCCCACAGCAAGUCGGGAGAUUCCAUUGGAGAGAGUGACAAUGAGAACAAGGAUUACAUUCCUCUGGUGUUGCUGCAGCUGGCGUGCGGGGCUUUCCCACUCGGGCCUGCCCUGUGUGACGCCAUCAACGUGCCCAUGGACAAGCUCAAGUGGACAUCCCCCUUUACGAGCCACCGCACCAGCCUAGGACACCUCUCCACUUCAAGCGGCAGACGUACAGAGGGCGCCGAAGAUGAUUUGGGACCAUCUUGUGACCCACAAACAUGUCCUAAACAUCCCCCGCCGUCCGCCAGAUCCCAGGCGAACGGUGGAUCAGGCGCUCCGGAGACGACCCCUCCUAGUGAUGCACAAAGGAGGAUGCUGGACCCGGAGAGCCUGGUGUGGGCGACGGCGGUAGCCCUGGCCUGGCUGGAGCACAGCUCUGCCAGCUACUUCAUCGAGUGGGAGCUGGUGGCCGCAAAGGCCAGUUUGUGGCUAAGCGGCCAGGACAUCCCGGAAGGCCGGGACGUCGCCGCGGUCAAGGCGGCCGCCAAUCAGCUCUUCAUCAUCCUCAGACACUGGGACGACAACUUGCAGCUGAACAUGCUCUGCUAUAACCCCAACAGUGUGUGA